AUGGUAGAGAGCGCCGUGGAUCGUCUCCUGUUGGGAGGUCGUGUCACAAUUGCGGCCGGUUGCGUAGUACUCGUACGACCAGCCGUCAAUGGUGCCGCUGCUCGUGGCGCAGCUUUUCUCGUGGCUCUGGGCCCAGAUCAUCCCGGCGAUGGCAGACGAGAUGGUGUAUACGUAGCUGCCGAUCGUGGCACAGGCCGCCACCGAGCCACUAGCGACGACGUGGUAGCAGUGGUGCCCACAUCAGGGGUGAUCGCGUCUCGAGAUGUGAGGUUGAAUACUGCCUCACUGUCAUCGAGAUGCAGUCGAUACCACGAAUCAGGCAGUGGCUGGCCGUUGAUGAGCUGGCCAUCGGUAGCAGAAGAGAGGGAAGAUGGUUGA